AUGUCUCGGCAGGAAGAAGUUGAGUUUACAACGAUUGAUGGCCUCAAGUUACAAGGUCGCCUCUACUUAGCUACAGGACAUGGACCGGCCGUCAUCUUGACACCAGGUUUUGCAUGUGUUAAGGAGAUGUUUGUGCCCGAGGUCGCGGAGGCUUUUCAAGCGGCUAAUAUUACGGCCCUCAUAUACGAUCCGCGUUCGACUGGAGCCAGCGAAGGUCUUCCACGACAACAUAUCCACCCGCAAAAGCAAAUCGAGGACUACUCUGACGCUCUCACCUUUUUGAGCCGCCACCCCCUCGUAGAUGAGACUCGGAUUGGCUUCUGGGGAUUCUCAUUUGCCGCCAUCGUUGCCUUGAACUCAGCGGCGCUGGACAAACGAGCGAAGUUCGUGAUAUCAGUCUGUCCACUGACAGAUUUUACCUUUGGCGGCAGGAAAUCAAAAGUUCUGGCAAAGACGAUGAAAGACAGGGCAUCACAAGCUCAAGGAAACCCACCUUUUUGCCUCCCAGUUCUGACGGAGGCUGGCGAGAACCCAGUAGGCUUUGGGGUUGGAACGGCCAAGGAGGACUUUUCUCUCAUAUUGAAUGCAGAGAAAUCAGCACCAAAUUAUCGCAAUAGUACAACAUUGCAGUCUUACUAUCACAUCGCGGCAUGGCAACCCUUUGGCUUGCUACCCGAAAUAGCACCCACGUCAGUCUUGAUGUUGACCCCUGAAAACGAUCAGAUUAGUCUGGCUGAAAACCAGAAAAAGAUAUUUGAUAGCAUACUGGCGCCGAAGAAGAGACACGUUGAACCAAACAAAGGCCACAUGGAUAUUCUUUCAGGGGAAAGUUUUCCGGUUCUUAUGAAGACCCAGAUUGACUUCUUGAAGGAACUCUAG